GCAGUCCGGUCUAUAAAUACAUUAGUCUAUUUUUGUCCUUGGUGGAUCUCGGAUUGUGAUUGGUUUCUUCUCCGUGGAGGGCAGUGUAUCUCAUUGGUGUAAUCUAGUGUCAGUUUAAGGACACAGACGCGUCUGAACAUUUUCCCAUCCGAUACUGGAGGAGCAGUCGUGUGAGGCCUGCAUGUCCCGCCCGUUGUUAAUGUGUGGUUUAUUACACUAACAGGUUAUGUCACAAGUGUGAUAAAGCCGUCUAACUUAUAUUGACUUCAUUUAUCACUUUACGAUAUGACGAUACGGUGACGCUGAAUAGAGAAACACAAAGCAGCUUUAUCUGGUGGACCUGCUGGGACAGAUGGGAAUGAGGAUGCUUCACAUGAACCUGCUGCAGGCUGCUUUGCUGUGUUGUCUGUUAGCUGUUAAGGCACACAGCUGCCCUCCUGCCUGCAGUAAGUGUUCAGGCCCAGAAAACCACCAUUGUGAGGGAUGCAGUACAGGAUGGAUACUCCAUAACAACACCUGUGUAGACUUAAAUGAGUGUGACACCGAGCUGGGUAUCUGUCCUGCAAACAACUACUGCUUCAAUACAGAGGGUUCCUUUGAGUGCAGAGAUUGUGACCCGGCCUGUGUGGGAUGUAUGGGCAGCGGACCAGCACGGUGCAGGAAAUGUGCCUUGGGGUUUACACUUACAGGGUCCAAGUGUUUGGAUAUAGAUGAAUGUAGUGACAGGGUGCUGGCCUGUCAGGGUCUGGAUGAAAUCUGUGCCAACACAGUGGGCUCAUUCCACUGUGACUGUGCAAAAGGAUUCAUACGCAGGGAUGGUGUCUGUGUGAGGAAGCAGCAGCCAAGUGUUCAGGGGAAAGGUCUGUUUGAGGACAUGCAGGAUGAUGAGGUGGAAGUGCUGCAGCAGAUGUUCUUCGGGGUGGUACUCUGUGCUCUGGCCACGCUGGCCGCUAAAGGAGAUAUGGUCUACACGUCUGUAUUCAUGGGAGCGACGGCAGCCAUGGCAGGGUACUGGCUUUCUGACCGGGGAGACCGUUUGGUAGACAACUUCUUCAGGGUACGGUAACGCUCUGAGCUGAUCCAAAAAGGACUUCAAUAUUUAAGAAGGUAGAUCUAUUAGCAUGGGUUACAGCUCAGCAAGGCAGGUAACAAUCACUGUUCAGAAAAGUCAUUUGAAUAUUUUACAAUUACUUGUAAUAUAGAGAUAUGACUUAUUGAUAUUCAAAUACAUCAUACUAUGGAAAGCUCUAAUCAAAUCACUCUUUUCCAAUGGCAAGAGACAUUUUCUUAUGCUCACCUGCUCUGGCUACUUGUGUGACUGGAUUGAUAGAAAUGAUUGUUAGCCGUUUUUUUUCUCUCCCUUGGCUUCCACUUUGGUUAAAAUGUGUGGUUGAUUUACCUUCUCUCAUCACUGAGUUGUAUUUAAAUGAAUUAAAAUGAAAAUAUCUUG